UACGAACCUUCUUUCACGCUUCUAGGAAGGUAGCUACGAAACCUCCAUUAGAGAUGAUAUAUCAUCAAGAACAGCAAACCCUCAACUUGCAUAUCAAAAUGAAUGAUUAUGAUCAUCAAAUGUCUAAAGCCUACAGUUACAGAUCAGUAGACUCGCCUGACAUGGACUAUGAUGUUCCAAACCAGCAAACUUAUGAGUUUGUUGAGAGCUUUCUCAGCUUUGAUGAUUGGAUAACUGAAGAUAAAGCAUCCACUGUUCCUGAAUAUCAACAUCAUGCUCCUGUUUACCCCUCUGCCACCAUUGAAGAUGGUGGUCUGUCGAUCGGAAGUAGCAGCAGCAACAUCCAUCUUCAUGGAAGUAGCAACAGGGCCACAGGAUUUGGGCAGGCUCAAAAUGGCAAAAAAGAGAAAGUCGCCUUCAAAACUAAAUCCCAAGUUGAGAUCCUAGAUGACGGUUUUAAGUGGAGGAAAUAUGGCAAAAAGAUGGUUAAAAACAGUCCAAACCCAAGGAAUUAUUAUCGUUGUUCAGCAGCAGGAUGUUCGGUGAAAAAGAGAGUUGAAAGGGAUGUAGAGGAUGCACGAUAUGUAAUCACAACCUACGAGGGCAUUCACAACCACCAACGCCCUUCUAACUACUGAUAGCUUGUACUACGAUUUGUUAAUGUAUCCUAAAGUAUAGUAGUUUUUCUAAGCUUACUCCAUUACUAGCUUAUUGAAAAGAAAGUUGUAGUUCGGUUACUUAUUUUCUUCAACCGACCAAGGUUAUGGAUCG